AUGGCUGAGAACACUGGCGGAGCCACCAGCACCAGCAGGCUGCUAAGGGCAGAGGAUGGAAGAGGAGAUAGUGAGAGUGAGAGAGGUGGUGCAAGUGGAAGACCAAGAGAGCCUUGGAAGGGAGAGUUUGUGAAGAGCAUAGUGUAUGCUGGACUUGAUGCCAUUGUCACUUGCUUCUCUCUCAUUUCAUCCAUUUCCGCUAGCCGUUAUUCCUCAGUGGAUGUGUUGGUGCUUGGAUUUUCAAACCUGGUUGCUGAUGGGAUAUCAAUGGGGUUUGGGGAUUUUGUAUCCAGCAGCACGGAGAAGGAUGUGGCUGCAAAGGUAAGGGCAGUGACUGCGUGGGAUGUCACAAACCACGGCGGCAAUGAGCAAGAGGAAUUACUAAGACAGUAUGAAGCUCUUGGGAUGGAUAUUAAUGAUGCCACCACGGUGGUGAACAUAUUUGCAAAAUACAAUGAUAUCUUUGUGGAUGAGAAGAUGAUGGCUCAUAAAGGAAUACUACCGCCAGAUGAAGCAGAUAAGCCAUGGAAGAAUGGCCUGGUGACGUUUGCUGCCUUCCUUGUGUUUGGGAGUGCCCCUCUCCUCUCAUUCAUCAUCCUUAUUCCAUUCACAAAUAAUGACUCCAUCAAGUUUGUUGGUGCAUGUAUCCUUUCUGCAUUUGCGCUUGCGCUGCUGGGGAUGGCAAAGGCCAAGAUUGCAGGCCAGAAUUAUGCAUUCUCUAUGGCGAUUACUCUCUUCACCGGUGCUAUUGCUGCAGCAGCAGCUUACACCCUGGGAUCGGUACUCAAGAAUGUGGCUGGAGUACAAGAUUGA